CUGCCCUGCUGGCUUGGUCUGGCGUUACGGCGGCCUCGCUGCUGGCGCUGUUCGGUGGUUUGGACCAACCGAUCGAGGAAGACUAUCGUCAUCACCCCUCCUCGGCGCCACUCACCAUCACCACCACCACCGGGCGUCAAGGGAAGAAGGCGUCCCCGAGGCCGAGCCUGCUCUUACCGGGCUUGGGGAGCGAGCGUCCAGCACCAGCAGGCCGGCGGCCGAUUGAAUUCCUCGUCGAGGCCCCCCUCGGCAAUAAAUUGGUGCGGGGAUUUCCUCCCUGACCUAACCGGCCAGCCAGCAGGUCGCGGUCGAGGUUCUCUUCUCGGCUCGAUUUCCUCCCGCGGCGGAGGGCCGGCCGGGUGGAGCAUGCGUCGCGUGCGGGUGUCCUCGCACCAGGCGCCCGUCCACAAGCUCGGCGACGGCCAGAUGAAGCUGACGCCGAGGUUCCGCCUGGCGGCGACCCCGGCUUCGUCGUCGGGUCCGCAGCAGGCGUCGUGGGAGGCGGCGGAGGCGCUGAUCCCGGGGCUCCCCGACGACGCGGCGCUGAACUGCCUGCUGCGGCUGGCCGUGGAGUCCCACGGCGCGUGCAGGCUGGUGUGCCGGCGCUGGCGCCAUCUCCUGGCAGACAAGGCCCGGUUCUUCGCGCAGCGGCGGGCGCUGGGGCUGCGCGCGCCGUGGCUGUUCACGCUGGCGUUCCACCGCUGCACGGGCGAGAUCCAGUGGAAGGUGCUGGACCUGGGGCAGCGCAGCUGGCACGCCAUCCCGGCCAUGCCGUGCCGCGACCGCGCCUGCCCGCGCGGGUUCGGCUGCGUGGCCGUCCCUGCUGCCGGCGACGGCGGGGACGCGCUCGUGGUCUGCGGCGGGCUGGUCUCCGACAUGGACUGCCCGCUGCACCUCGUGCUCCGGUACGACGUGUGCCGGAACAGGUGGGCCGUGAUGGCGCGGAUGCUGGCGGCGCGGUCCUUCUUCGCCGGCGGCGUCAUCGACGGCCGCGUGUACGUCGCGGGAGGGUACAGCGCGGACCAGUUCGAGCUGAGCUCCGCCGAGGUGCUCGACCCCGCUGGCGCCGGCGCGUGGCGGCCGGUCGCCAGCAUGGGGGCCAACAUGGCGUCGGCCGACUCCGCCGUGCUCGGCGGCAGGCUGUACGUGACCGAGGGGUGCGCGUGGCCCUUCUUCUCGGCGCCGAGGGGCCAGGUGUACGACCCGAGGGCGGACCGGUGGGAGGCGAUGCCGGCGGGGAUGCGGGAAGGGUGGACGGGGCUGAGCGUCGUCGUCGCGGGACGCCUGUUCGUCGUCUCGGAGUACGAGAGGAUGAAGGUCAAGGUGUACGACCCGGAGACGGACUCGUGGGACACGGUCGGCGGCGCCCCCAUGCCCGAGCGCAUCAUGAAGCCCUUCUCGGUGAGCUGCGUCGACAGUAGGAUCGUAGUCGUCGGGCGAGGCCUCCACGUCGCGAUUGGGCAUGUGCGGGAGGAGCCCGCUGGCGGCGGUCCUGGUAGCAGGGGAGCGCCAGGCUACUCCGUUUGCUGGCAGGACGUGGACGCUCCUAAGGAGUUCAGCGACCUGACACCUUCGAGCAGUCAGAUUCUGCAUGCUUAGCUGCUUGUUGAGCCAGCCAGCCACUGCCCACUGAUGAGACGCGCAAUCGAGUAGGAUCUUUUCGAGUCUCUAUUAUAAGGAGGGAGCUGGAGAUGUAAAGAAAUAAACCGAGGCUUUUCAAAUCGGGGAGAGAUGAAUUGAGGCUCUUCUGCCUGGUUGUAAGUAGAUUUGCUUGUCCAGUUUCUCCAACAUAUCUGUUGCUGUGUUUCGCUCUUUGGUGUUUCAUUGGUCAGAAAAAAAAGAACUGUUGCUGUCUUGCUGAAUC